GCCAAGUGCGCCCAAUUGACCACCCCGCCAAAGCUGACUAAUAUCGUGCUCUAUUUCUAUUCAUACUAGGUCCGGCGGGCCAUGCCAAUGUACACAGUCUCUGACAGUCAUCACCAUCGGAAUCUGGAGAAAGCACAAGAGAUCCAUCUUCACCGUCACCAGACCAUCGCUUGUCAUGUCUACCGACAAACUGCCCGAGAAAUUCGGUGUCAUCCUCUUCCCAGGCUUCCAGCUCCUCGAUGUCUGUGGCCCUCUGGAUGCCCUCAAUGUACUCUCGAAAUCGCAUACACUCAAUCUCUCCAUCAUAGCCGCGACUCCAGAUCCCGUGGGGACGCAACAUUUCGCACAGGACCAGAAAGGUUCGAAGUUCAAUCAGUCUAUUGUUCCAACGCAUACAUUCGAUAAUGCACCUAGGGACCUGGAGGUCUUGAUCAUCCCCGGCGGCCUGGGCAACAGAAGUGAUGAGAACGUGAAGCCAGUGGUCGACUACCUAACAUCGCUAGGACUGGGUGAUUUAACGCAGAAACAUUUGAGGGGCGAAAUCAAGUGGAUCCUGACAGUCUGCACUGGGAGUGAGAUCCUGGCCAGGACCGGGGCGCUGGAUGGAAAGAGGGCAACGACCAACAAGAGGGCAUUCAACCAGGUCAAAGAGAAACACCCCGGAGUCAACUGGGUGACUAAGGCCAGAUGGGUGGUAGAUGGAGAGUUUUGGACAAGCUCUGGUAUCUCUGCAGGUAUCGAUCUGACUUUCGCUUGGAUGAGCGAGGUGUUUGGAGAAGAGACUGCGCAGUAUGUGGCUGAUCACAGUGAGUAUGAAAGGAACACUGAUCCGGCGAACGACCGCUAUGCAGAGCGAUGGGGCGCUGUUUGAGCUCUAGACUCACACAACGGUAUACCACAAGUUAUCAACAAAAUCUAUGCACCGAUGCAGGCAACUCAGUGAUUGUACAAACCAUAAACUUGCUUUGUAGCGACUCUAAAGGCAUCCGGACUUACUCAUGUGCUGACUCAAAUCCGCAAUGCAAGAUGACUAGGCUUGUCAAGGUCAGUGGCUG